AGGCUGCAAAUUGGUAGGGUAUGCUGGUUCUAUACGAGACCUCGCUCGGCUUCUGUCUGUUCAGGCUCGCCGACAAUGGCAAGCUCGAAGACAAGAAUCUCUGGAAGGAAUUUGAAACGCCAGAAGGAGCCAACAACUUGCUGAAGCUACAAUCGAUCCAUCGAUUUUCAUCUACUGCAGAUGCCGUCGAAGACAUCACCGCCAUCUCAGCCGGCAAGCUGUCAAAGUCACUCAAGAAAUUUCUUGUAGAGGAGGUACAAGACAAGCAUGUCGGCAAGAAAGGCUCUGCGACUGCCAAAGAGACCCUUCUCGUCAGCGAUCCCAAGCUAGGCGGCGCAAUCUCGAAAAAGUUGGAGAUCCAAGUCAUCUCUGAGUCGACGAAGCUGCAGACGCAAGAUCUUUACCGAGGCAUGCGAACUCAGAUUGCCGCACUCCUGGGCGAGUAUCAGGUCGAGGAGAGCGACCUGAACACGAUGGCGCUCGGCCUUUCGCAUUCACUGUCGAGAUACAAGCUCAAGUUUUCGCCGGACAAGGUGGAUACGAUGAUAGUGCAAGCCAUCGCUCUGCUCGACGACCUCGAUAAGGAGAUCAACAUUUACUCUAUGCGCGUCAAGGAAUGGUACGGAUGGCACUUCCCAGAGAUGGCCAAGAUCAUCUCGGACAAUCUCGCCUAUGCCAAAGUCGUCAAAGCCAUGGGACUCCGCACCAAUGCAGCCUCGACAGACUUUUCGACUAUCUUGCCAGAGCAGGAGGAAGAGACCCUCAAAGCUGCUGCUGUCAUUUCGAUGGGCACAGAAAUCUCGGAUUCUGAUCUUGCACAUAUCCAUCUGCUGACUGAUCAAGUCAUCUCCAUCACGACCUAUCGCGCCGAACUUUACUCGUACCUGCAAAACCGUAUGGCCGCCAUUGCGCCCAAUCUGACUGCAUUGCUCGGUGAGCUAGUCGGCGCCAGGUUGAUCGCCCACGCCGGCACACUGCUCAAUCUUGCGAAGCAACCGGCGAGUACUGUCCAGAUCCUCGGAGCAGAAAAAGCAUUGUUCAGGGCGAUGAAGACCAAGCACGACACACCCAAAUAUGGGCUCAUCUUCCAUGCGAGCCUGGUCGGUCAAGCGCCGCAAAAGCUAAAGGGCAAGAUGGCCCGUAUGGUUGCUACUAAGGCUGCGCUUUCGAUUCGACUCGAUGCACUAGCAGACGCAGAUACGCGAUCAGGCGAGGAAGCACCAUCGAUUGGUCUUGCAGCGCGUGCGAAACUCGAGUCUCGAUUGCGAUUUUUGCAAGAAGGCAUGGGUAUCCAGAGCGUCAGGCGAGCGGACAGAAGUGAUCGAGGCAACCAGGCGCCUUUCGAGAUGAGAGGUACAGGCGCAACUUACAAUUCUGCUGCCGACAGCUUGAUACCGACACAACGUCAGCCAGUCUCGCCAGAAGUGUCCAUGACGGGCGACGAGGAUGAGAAGGCAGCAAAGAAGAGGCGGAAAGAGGAAAAGCGAGCUGCAAAGGCAGCCAAGGCCGGGACAUCUACUGCAACCCUCACCAACGGCAUCAACGGCGAUGCGUCACAUUCUGCCGAUCUUGCUGACGAAACAACCGAUAAGGCGGCGCGGAAGGAAGCCAAGCGACUGAAGAAGGCUGCAAAAGCAGCGGCAGCGGCAGCCAAUACAGACGCACUGCCUGCCGCCGCGGUUCCAGACCCGAGCACGAGCUCGAAGAAGCGCAAGGCAGAAGAAGCUGAGACGACGGGGGGAAGUCAAUUAGUCGGGGCAGAAGUCAAUGGCGAAAAGAAGAAGAAGAAGAAACGCCAUAGUGAGGCAUAG